GGAGUGGAAAAUCAUCUAUUCAAAAAGUGGUUUUUCAUAAGAUGUCACCCAAUGAAACUUUGUUUCUAGAAAGCACUAACAAAAUUGUAAAAGAUGAUGUUUCAAAUAGCUCAUUUGUACAGUUUCAAAUCUGGGACUUUCCUGGACAAAUUGAUUUCUUUGACCAAACAUUUGAUUCUGAUAUGAUCUUUGGUGGCAGUGGUGCUCUAGUUUUUGUCAUUGAUGCUCAAGAUGAAUACAUGGAAGCUUUAGACAAACUAAAAAUUACUGUCGCUCGUGCUUAUAAAGUAAAUCCUGAAAUAAAAUUUGAAGUGUUCAUUCACAAAGUAGAUGGACUGACAGAUGAUCAUAAGAUUGAAACACAAGGAGAUAUACAUCAACGAGCAAGUGAUGAUUUAAUUGAUGCUGGAUUAGAGAAUGUGAAUCUGAGUUUCUAUCUCACAAGCAUAUAUGAUCAUUCAAUAUUUGAAGCAUUCAGCAAAGUUGUACAGAAGCUUAUACCUCAGCUGCCAGCUUUAGAAAACCUUUUGAAUAUUUUUAUUACAAAUUCUGCCAUAGAAAAAGCUUUCUUAUUUGAUGUGAUCAGCAAAAUUUACAUUGCAACAGAUAGCACUCCAGUGGACAUGCAGUCUUACGAACUGUGUUGUGAUAUGAUAGAUGUCGUUAUAGACAUUUCUUGUAUUUAUGGGUUAAAAGAAGAUGAAGGUAGUGCUUUCAACUCAAAAUCAUCUAAUAUAAUUAAGUUAAAUAAUAGUACUGUGCUUUACCUAAGAGAAGUGAAUAAGUUCUUAGCCUUAGUUUGUAUACUUAGAGAAGAUAAUUUCAAUAGGCAAGCCUUGAUCGACUAUAAUUUCCACUGUUUUAGGCAAGCAAUACAGGAAGUUUUUGAUGUUCGGUUCAAAUCUCCAAAAUCUUCCAUUUCUAAAUCACGCACUCAUUCUACCCUCGAUAAUGGAUUACCGAAUGGCUAUGGUGAGCAACCAUGAACAUUGCUUAAAAUAGUAAAUGUGCCAUUGUGUUGAUGCUUAUUAUUUCUGUUAUAUUUGUCCAGUGAAUUUUUCCUGUUAUUUAUGAUGUAAAGUAUUUAAUAUAUUGAUGAAUAACAUAAAAUUUUAUAUGAAGAUAUGUCAUAUAGUCAUUCUUUUUUUAACAUUACUAUGUUUUCUGAUAAUUGCAACUGCCAAUCUGGACACUAUUUAUUUUAUAUAUUUUAUUGGAAAUAAAUUAUUUGUAUUAAACAAAAGUAUAUAAUAUUAUUGUAAGUGGAAUGCAUUUUAUUGCAAGUCUGUGAGAGUGAAAUGCAAUAUGUUACAUUUAAACUAUGUUUAUAAAAAUAUUAAAAUGUAUAUUCAGAUGAGGCAACUACACAUUAAAAAUAUUAAGAAUUUUAAUUAUGAUAUUUCAUAUCUGGUUCAUAGACAACUGGUUUAUUGACAGUAAUAAUAAAUUUUCAGAGUCUCAGAAAACUGUAAAUAUGAUUUCCCAUUAAUUAAUAUCUCAGACAAUACAUCAUAAAAAUAGCUGUUGACAAAUGUUGAAUUCCUGUUGAUUUGUGAUAUGAAACAUAUUAUAUCACAGAAUUAUGAUACUCAAGUAAAAAAAUAAAAACCAGUAUACAGAAUAUUAAAACAAAUCAAGCAUGCUGUAAUUGAAUGCUUUCAAAUUAAUGUUCAUUUCAGAAUUAUCAUUCAUGUACAAGAUUUUUGAUAAUUCGUAUUUUUAUAAUUUAAAGAUUAUUUUUCAGUUGUUCGUGAAUAAGAAGACUCAUGUAUAAAGUAUAUGAAUUCAUGUAUAGGCCCAUAAAGUUCUUGGGCUCUUGCUAUUUUAUGUAAUAUGAAUAAUGUAUAAAAUGUUUUUAACUUGUCUUGUAAAUAAACAUUUCUUUUAUUUGAAUAUGAAAUAAAUAAAGUGCAUUAUCAUUUAUAUUUAUAUA